CGGACGACAUCUCACCACGCUUGAUUCCCACGCCGGGCAUGGAUAAUGUGCUUGGCUGAAUUCUAUCAAGAUGAAUGACGCGACUACUUCUUUGCUCACUGAGCACUUCAGUUAUACGCCCCUGUCCCUCAUAGACGAUGUCAUAAACUCAAUUAACAACCUAAUCUACCAAGCGAUCUCAAGUCUCGAAUCGGGCCUGCUCGGUACACCUCCCGAACGCCUGGGCUUCUCGCACGCCAACAACGGCUCUACCAUCCCUGACACCGACGAGGACGGGAACGUGAUCUAUCCGGAGGCGAAAUUGGAAAUCGAAAAUGGCCUACAUCAGCUGGAGACAUUGCUCGAAUCGACUGUCGACAAGGCAUAUGAUAAAUUCGAAAUCUAUGUGCUGAGAAACAUUCUCACCGUGCCGGAGGAUCUGAUUAGUUGGGUUCGAUUGAGGCACUACGAGGGUCUCUCUUUCAACCCGGGCCCCGAUACCCCCACACCUGAGAUGGUUCUUGAGCAUCGCAAAAAAUUACAUGAAACGAGAAAACUCAAUCGGUCGCUGAAGCAAGAGCGUGCUCGCAACGACGCCGUUAUUUCCCAAUUACGAUCCAUCCUUUCGACUGUGUCCGCUGCGAAAAACAAUGGAGAUUCCACGGCCACUGCAGGCAAAGACUUGGAUCUUUCAUUCUUGACGUCCAGCUCCGCAGCACAACAGCUACGCGUCGGUGCCGUUACCGGACCCAAUACUCACCACACUCCUCUUACGACCAACACCACCUUCAUCUUAUCGCAACUCCCCGCUCUACAAGCGAUGCUCAAGCAGCUUCGUCCCAAGCUGGAUACUCUACCGAAAUCAGCCGAAUUGGCGGAGAAAGACCCGAAGAAGGACGAGAGAAAGGAAUACAUUGAGAGCAGAAUCAGGCUUCACCUGGAGCGUGCCGGUCAGCUGGCCGUGGGUAGUGAUGGUGAUCCCAUUGUUGCAGGACGACGGAUCGGCAACUCAGAAGCGCAUGCUCUCGAAGCUGUGACGAGCAUCCUUACGCAAGGGGACAAUAAGCCGGAGUAAGAAAACAAUAUUUGAAAAGAAAACACGACAGGUAUUUCGUUGUUUGUCACUCAAUUGGCAGAGAAAACUAUGACGACCACGAGACGGUCCAUGUCUCCUGGCCGCGUCUGAAUGGAACCACGUCCAACUUUUCAGACUGCAGGAUGUUUGCGAUAUUUUCACCUUUCUUCUCCAGGGUAAUGAACUCGUUCUUU